AUGCGUUUUGGCGACCUCCUGUGCCCCUGCGGAAACACAGACCUUUCUUGGAGUGGAAGUAUCUCAACGGUGAAGGUUGAGAAGGGAAGGCGCAUGAUGCAGUGGGGGAAGGUGUGUGGGUUUUGGAUUCGAGCAAAGCUGGAUAUAAACUCCAGUCCAGACGAAACAAGCCCUACCAACACCGCAGAGUCGCGGCUACCAGAGGGAUGGCCCCGAAGGGCCCCGGGCUCUGUGCUGGACGGUUGUGGGCCUUACGGGUGGGUGUGGUGUGGUGACGGAGAACAGAGAUGGUGCGAACCUAUUCCCAAGCUGGCGGAAGUCCAGCUCCAUGACUUCUUUAGUUCGUUCCCUCAGAAAAACGUUAUCGUCCUCAUUUCACGACUUCGUCUGAGGCCAGGGGAAUACGGGGUGCUGUGCAUUCAGGAAUACAGAAAAAGCGGCAAAGUGGCGUCAAGUACACGGAACAGCCUCAUGGGCCUGAAGGAUCAUCUGGGGCACGACCUCGGCCACCUUUGCGUGGAGGGCACUGACCCCCAUUUAAGCACGUCUGUACCUUGGUCCCUGGUCAACAAGCCAACCAUGGACAAAGCCCACUCCGGGAAGGAAGCGAAGGAGGCGUCCGAGGAGAACGCGAGCUCCGGGGACUCCGAGGGCAGCGCGCUCUCCGACUGCGAGGCCGAGCUCCUGCGGGGCACCCCCGGGGAGCCCCGCUUCCUGGGCAAAGCGCACAGGCAGCUGUGCAGGUCCCCAAGGCUGGAGCCGCACAUCCUCAAACGCAAUGAAAUUUUGCAAGACUUUAAACCCGAGGAGUCCCCGACUCCGGCCAAGGAAGCGAAGAAACCCCCUGACGUGGUGAGAGAAUACCAAACGAAACUGGAGUUUGCACUUAAGUUAGGUUACUCCGAAGAACAGGUCCAGCUCGUGCUAAACAAACUUGGUACCGAUGCUUUAAUCAACGACAUUUUGGGAGAACUUGUCAAACUUGGAAAUAAAAGCGAGGCUGAACAGACAGUGAGCGCAGUGAACAGCAUAAUGCGGGACGCGCCUUCCCUGGAGUCUCAGAGGUCUGAGUCUCCCAUGCAAGAGAUGGUGACUGACGACGGGGAAAACCUGAGACCCAUAGUCAUCGAUGGCAGCAACGUGGCCAUGAGCCAUGGAAACAAAGAAGUGUUUUCCUGCCGAGGAAUAAAGCUGGCAGUGGAUUGGUUUUUGGAGAGAGGCCACAAAGAUGUUACAGUUUUUGUUCCUGCUUGGAGAAAGGAGCAGUCCCGCCCCGACGCCCUCAUCACAGACCAAGAAAUCCUCCGCAAGUUGGAGAAGGAGAAGAUCCUGGUGUUCACGCCGUCGCGCCGCGUGCAGGGCCGCCGGGUGGUCUGCUACGACGACAGGUUCAUCGUGAAGCUGGCCUUCGAGUCGGACGGCAUCAUCGUGUCCAACGACAACUACAGGGACUUGGCCAACGAAAAGCCAGAGUGGAAGAAGUUCAUCGACGAACGGCUGCUCAUGUACUCCUUCGUCAACGACAAGUUCAUGCCCCCUGAUGACCCUCUUGGCAGACACGGCCCAAGCCUGGAUAACUUCCUGAGGAAGAAACCCAUUGUCCCCGAGCACAAAAAGCAGCCUUGUCCAUACGGGAAGAAGUGCACCUACGGACACAAGUGCAAAUACUACCACCCCGAGAGGGGCAGCCAGCCCCAGCGGUCGGUGGCGGACGAACUCCGCGCCAUGUCCAGGAACACCGUGGCCAAAACUGCCAACGAGGGCGGGCUGGUGAAAAGCAACAGUGUGCCCUGCAGCACGAAGGCUGACAGCUCCUCUGACGUCAAGCGCGGCGCUCCAAAGAGGCAGUCGGACCCCAGCAUAAGGACACAAGUCUACCAGGACCUAGAGGAAAAGCUGCCCACCAAAAACAAAUUGGAAACCAGGUCUGUACCCUCUCUAGUCAGCAUCCCGGCUACUCCCACUGCAAAACCCCAAAGCACUGCAUCUCUAAGCAAUGGCCUUCCAUCUGGAGUGCAUUUCCCACCUCAGGAUCAAAGACCACAGGGACAAUAUCCUCCAAUGAUGAUGGCAACCAAAAAUCAUGGAACGCCAAUGCCUUAUGAACAGUAUCCAAAAUGUGACUCCCCUGUGGACAUUGGGUAUUAUUCCAUGUUGAAUGCAUAUUCAAAUCUGAGUAUCUCAGGCCCGCGGAGUCCUGAAAGGCGUUUCUCCUUAGACACAGAUUAUAGGGUAGGUUCUGUAGCUUCGGACUGCAGCAGUGAAGGGAGCAUGAGCUGCGGGAGCAGUGACUCGUACGUGGGGUACAACGAACGGCCCUACGUCAGCUCUCCGGACCCACAGCUGGAAGAGAACCUGAAGUGUCAGCACAUGCACCCUCACGGCCGCCUUAACUCCCAACCCUUCCUGCAGAAUUUCCAUGACCCCCUAACCAGAGUGCAAAGUUACAGUCACGAAGAACCAAAGUACCAUCACAAGCCUCCUCUUCCGCACUUGGCUAUGCAUUUGCAGCACCCGGCUGUGGGCGCCCGGUCCAGUUGUCCUGGCGACUACCCCUCCCCGCCCAGCUCGGCACACUCCAAGGCGCCGCACCUGGGGCGCUCCUUGGUGGCCACCCGGAUGGACAGCAUUUCCGACUCGCGGCUGUAUGACAGUUCUCCUUCCAGACAAAGAAAGCCUUACACCCGCCAGGACGGGCUGGGCGGCUGGGACCGGCCGAGCUACGGCCCGGACGCCUACGCCUACCGGCAGACCUACUCCCUGCCGGACAACUCCACACAGCCCUGCUACGAGCCGUUCACCUUCCAGAGCCUGCCCGAGCAGCAGGAGCCCACCUGGCGAGUCCCCUACUGCGGCCUACCGCCCGACCCCCCCAGGUACCAAGACAGUCGAGAAAAGAUUUACAUCAACCUGUGCAACAUCUUCCCGCCCGACCUGGUGAGGAUCGUCAUGAAGAGGAACCCUCACACGACCGACGCCCAACAGCUCGCCGCCGCCAUCCUGCUGGAGAAGUCGCAGCUGGGCUGUUGAGACAUGAUGCACCCGUGUGGUGUUUUUCGUUCAGCUCAAAUGCUGAGGGAGGUUUGCUACAAUAGCACACGUGAUCUCCUUCUCGGCAAGGAGGUUCUAUAGUAUCCAUUUAUGCGAAAUACUGUGUCGUGGAAUCUGCAUGUACAGCGCCACACGGCGGGAGUUUCGCGGGAUUGCUUUACAUGCAAACUUUUUUAACGUUUCCUUUUUAAAGCUAUAUCCUUGGCUGGAGGUUUUUCCAGUUUGAUUUACUAGAUGUCUCUGUGACCUUUGAUAUUCAUCUUUGGUGCAUCAGGGGUUUAUAUGCAGCACUUUUUAUCCUUGUUUCAUGUUUUACUGACUCGGUGUUUGUCUAUCAAUUGCAAGCAAUUAACAAAACCUUCAGAAUGUGGAACAUUUUACUAGACCUAGCGACUAUUUUUUCAAGCCAAGCUUCACUGGAAUCUUUUACAGCUUUUUAAGUUAUUUUUAUGUGGGGAAAGUGGGCUUCUUUGUGCUAUAAUCAUUAUUUAUAGAAACAAAGAUCUACUACGGCACUGACUUUAUAUCUGAAACAAAAUGUAAGUUACCAGUUUAUGUUGACCUGGGUAGCAGCUUAUAUGAGAAGGACUUAAAAUAUGGCACUUUUCAUUGUUUUCUUUUAGUUUGGAUUUUUCUGUUACGUGAUGAGUUAAUUUAAUGUGAUCGACUUAAGGGAAAGCAGAUGCAAUCAAUGGAAAAAAAUUGUUUCCAUUUUUUUUUUUUAAUGGGAAAGGCAAAAGCCGUUAACUGUUACCGUUUAGAGCUUGUUAUCCAGCUGUGAUGUGCUUCUAGACAGUAGGGAUGAAAUCGAAUUCCUAGACUUCCACGAACCUGUCUUUUCAGUGUGUUUGUCUUUUUGUUCUGGGGCACAACAAAACUGGAUAAAAGAACCCUUUCACAGUACUUGCCUGUUUUCAAUGAAUCUAAUUAUUCUCAAUGCAACUUUUAUAUUUAAUGUACUCUUUGGCUUUCCUGCUAUUUAUCGAGGCUGGCCUGCAGUGGUUGUGUUGAGGAUAUGCAACAGUUAUUGAAACUGCACUAUAGAGAUGGUGGUGGAAGAGCUGUAAAUGGUAACUUAACAUUUUUGUAAGAUACUGUAUAUUUUCCAUUUUCCCGAAGACAGUUUUUUGGGGGGCCUGUUAUAUUAUUAAGGCCAGAUUCUUGCCACAAAUAGUGUAGUUUUAGAUGCAGACUAAAGUCUGUUCUAGUAUUAGUAAGGGAUAUUUCUGGUUUCAAAGUCACGGGUUUUGCUAGGCGAGGAUUCAUUUUUUUGCGGGUAGAAGGUAGAGAUUGCAACCAGCGGCAGACACCUGUGUGGCUGGCGUGACUCCACUGUUGCCUCCAGUUUCUGACUCUUCCUUAGUCUGACAGACUCACUGCGACCUGCCGCUGUCGUCUGCCUGGACGCACUGGCCGCUGGAAGCUCUUACCCAGAUGGUUUGAAGUAAAGCCCUGAACAACCAGAAAGGACCUUUUACUGUUGAUACAAAUUGUAUCUUUUUAACUACAAGAACUAUUUUGAUUUGUAGAUCUAGUUAAAACACAAAUGUGUGACUAUGAUUAGACUUUUGGGCAACAUUUUAUCCCUUAU